AUGCCCACCCUUCCCUCGACCGCCAACAGCAUCGCCGGUCUCGAAUUCAUCGGCUUCACCCACGCGACAGCAACCCACAUCUAUAAAAUCUACUCCAAGUACGAACUAUCCUCCACAUCUCCAGCAGCAGACAAUGAAGAUCUCUUCUCCUUCACCCACGGCCACACCAUCAUGAUAAAUACCUCCAGAUUUACUGCAUCCACAGACCGACAAACCAUGACAAAUCUUGGAAUCAGCGAGGAUACUCAGAAUAGAAUUCUGAAUCCAAGAUUUGAAGGGGUUAGAGAGACUGAGUCGCUGGAAUAUUGGAUUGAGGAUACGGUUAGGGUUGAUUAUCAUACUUUGAUUAGGAUGAUUGAGAGGAGGAAGGAGAGAGAGAACGGUGAGUGA